AAGGCUCAGCGGGUUUGCCCUGGUAGCGAACAGCGCGACCGUGCCGCACGGCUUCCGACGACGCCUCAAGCGAAGUGAUCGAUAGAUCGACGGGUUCGAUCCAUUUGCAUAGGCCGGCGCCAUCCCGCGAUGGCGUCGGCACCGGCCCAGGUCUAUGGCCAGCCGCACAGUGCCCCGGCCGCUGAGCUCCAGCGGCAGAUGGCCAGCGCCGCGACGGAGACAGGCGUGCGCGAGGUCGGGGCUAGGGCCAAGCAUGGCUUCUUCGAGGUGAAGGCCUACAUUCAGGAGAACCCCUCGAGCAUAAAGAUCAUGUCUUUUGUGGUGGGCCUGGUGCUGAUCGCCUUCAGCAUCUUGGGCUGCAUCAAUCCCUUCCAGGUGGCGUUUCAGCCAAAGGAGUACCUCUGUAACGUGUACAACGUGCUCUUUGGGGUCGUCAUUUGCAUCUGCGACGGCAAGGAGUCCUGGAUGCGGAGCUGCGGGGAUAUCCAGGCCAAGCUCUUCCAGAAGGCCUUCUUCCUCGCGACGCAGACGGGGCGGGCGCUGUUCUACCUCUACGUGGGUUCCAUGACUCUUCUAGUGCUGCCGGACGGCUUGUGGAUGUUUGCCUACAUUGCCAUCGGCUCCUGCCUCUGCUUGCUGGCGCUGCUCAUGCUCUUUCUGCAUUGGUGCGCGCCGUUGCUCUUCAAAGAGCAGUACGGACAGAUGCGCUCCGACCGGUCUUCCUCGGGCCAGAUUUAGUGGCAAAGCUCGCGAGUGCUCGCGAGCCUCCUCGCACGCUCGCGCAGGGGCGCCUUUUUCGGAGACCUUCUUAAAAACGAGCGUGAGAGCUUUGCGGUUCCUGAGCAUUGGACCGUUUCGGGAAACCCUGCCAGCUCAGCUUUCUAAGCACCUGCUGCAGAAAGUAGGGAGAGUCGGGAUCUGGCUAGCCGAGGGGCUGCCCAUCUGGCCGCAGCAAAGCCUGCCGCUGAAUUACGGUGAGCAGGGUUGGGCCAAAUCGGUCUA